AUGGAAGAUGUUAAUGAUAGAGACGAAGGAUGGGCUUGGAUUGUUUUAUUAGCAGCCUGUAUGAAUAUUCUCUUAGGAUCAGGUUUAGCUUUUAUCGGUGGAAUGUUUCAAGCUGUGUUUUUAGAACAAUUUAAAGAAAGUGUUGCUUAUACGGCUUGGGUUACUGCUUUAUUCUCAUCUCUCUUACAACUCACAGGUCCUCUAGCUAGCCUAGUAGCCAAUUAUUUGUCCUGUAGAUCUUCUGUUAUGAUUGGAUCUGCUCUGUUAUCAUUUGGCCUUAUAUUGAGUAGUUUUGCUAACAAUAUCGCUGUUUUAAUGGUUACGCUAGGCGUCACUGCAGGAAUUGGACUAGGCAUGACCUAUACACCAUCGAUAGUUAUAACGAAUUACUAUUUCCACAAGAAGAGAAAUGUAAUGACUGGUGUAGUAAUGGCAGCUGCUGGCGGGGGUAUUUUUAUUUCACCACUAUUAACAAGAUAUUUACUAGAUGUGUAUAGUUGGAGAGAAACACUCGUAAUAUUUGCUGGAGUGUCAAUACAAAUGUGUAUAUUUGGAGCCUUAAUGUUUCCCCUCCACGAGAAACCAAAAGAAUCGUGUAUAACCAGUAAUCUUCCUUGUAUUAAAACCGGAAGUGAGGACGAUAGCGGCUCAACCGAGAACAAGCCAGUUUUUAAUCCGCUUGUGAAGGAAAAUGGUGACUCCAAACCAGCGGGUAGCUUGGAACACAUCAAACAAUCCAACCCCUUGUUAAAACCACAAAAUGACUUUAGUUUUACAGAUUCUAGUAACUCGUUUGUGUCCAGAAAAUCCAAAUGGAAAAACUCAAAUUGUUCUAUUUUAUUUAAUAGUCAACUUUUUCUCUCUGACCACAAAAGUUUACAUUCAAUACAGAACACUGGCGACGAAUCAAAUUUGGGAACAAAUCUGGUUGAUUCUAACAAAAGUGAUUUUCUUUGGAGUAAACCAUUCUUAGCAAUCUGUUUCAAUUUAUUUUUAACGAACGCUAUGUAUGGUGGCAUUUUUAUUCAUUAUCCUUUAUGGUGUCAAACUCAAGGAGCCACUGAAAGCGAAGUGUCCUUCUUCUUAGCUUUUCAUGGACCCGGUGUCGCGAUAUCGCGAUUACUUGUUGGCAUGUUUGCAAAUGUCAGGAACAUUGACUAUCUUUCCAUAUAUGGUGGUCUGCGGAUGUUUGGUGGUGUGUUGAUUUGUUUAAUACCUCUUUAUGGAUAUAGUCAGACUAUAGGAGCUACCGUAAUGAUAAUAACUGCACUUUAUAUCGCUGGCUUAGACUCUUUAAAUGCUGGGGUGACAAUCGACUGUGUAGGUUUGGAUCAGCUGGCGUCAGCGCUUGGUGUGGAGAUGGUCUGUGCUGGACUUGGGUAUUUAGUUAUGCCUCCAAUUGUUGGUAGUAUAGUAGAUAUGACUGGUACAUAUCAAUAUACUAUGUAUAUGUCAGGCGGUGUUGUGAUAGCGGCUUCAAUAGUGUGUUUCUCUAUUCCAUUAUUAAAACCUAGAGGCUCGCCAAUAAUUGGUUACCAUCCUGAACACGGACCAAUAGAAAUACAGAUUGAAAACACUGUUUGA